CCCAGCGGCCCCCUGAGCUGAGAGUUGAGCUUUAGUGUAAUCGCUGCCGUGGCUGAACCUUCGUUUUCUGCCUAGGAACGUCAAGGAGGUUACCUUGGCACCCCAGGGGCAACACCAUUCUGGCUUGAAAAAACUCCCUCUGAGAUGGAGCGUGAAGAUCCAGGCGGCGUGGAAAUCCACAACUCAGAGGAUGGUGGGAUUUCAAGGAGAGUUUACGUAGCCGACAAAGGUGCAGUAAGUGAGGGUGAGGACGAUUAUUUGGAGCAUGAGACCAUCCAGCCCACCAUACAACACGGACAGCCUAACUGGAAGGCAACUUCCCAGCAGGAAGGAGCAGCCGUGGAACGGCAGACCCCCACGCUGGCCCCUGGCAGUUAUGGCGAGGGGGAGGUCGCCGCGUCCCCUGCAGUCAUCUCGCGCCCCAGUAAGCAGCGCCCCUUCAUCUGCAACGAGUGCGGCAAGAGCUUCAGCCACUGGUCGAAGCUGCUCCGGCAUCAGCGCACGCACACAGGGGAGCGCCCCAGCACCUGCUCCGACUGCGGCAAGAGCUUCUCUCAGAACUCGCACCUGGUACAGCACCGGCGUACACACACGGGCGAGAAACCCUACGUCUGCCGCGAUUGUGGCAAGAGCUUCAGCUGGAGCUCCAACCUGAUCCAGCACCAGCGUAUUCACACCGGCGAGCGCCCGUACACGUGCGGGGACUGCGGCCGUAGCUUCACCCAAAGCAAGAACCUGGCCAAGCACCGGCGGACGCACACGGGUGCCCGGCCCUUCCGUUGCCCGGAGUGCGGGCGGGGCUUUGCACACACCGCCGGCCUGGUCAAACACCAGCGCCUGCGCCACGACACGGACUCCCCCAUUGGCCACCCUUGUCCGGAGUGCGGGCAGCGCUUCCGUGCACCCUCGGAGGUGGAGCGCCAUCGCGUCACUCACCAUGGGGUCACCCCGUCGGAGCCCUUCAUCUGCGUGGAAUGUGGAGAGUGUUUCACGAAGAGUACCACGCUCAUCCGCCACAAGCGAGUGCACAAGCCGAUCUUUGUGCGUUGAGGCUUUUGUCCCCUUUGGGGCGGGUAUCCUAACUGUACGCCCAGGUUGGAAUCCAAGGUGUUUCUUUGACUGCAACCUGGGUCUACCUUGGCCAGGUCAAGGGCCCUGAGAACACCAUCGUACAGAACCGCUGAGCAGCGACAAGGGGGAGGAAGGAGAUUGGGCCCAGAGCUCGGAUUUCAGUCACUUGUUGGGAGAGCGCAAAGAUCUUGGUGCCCAGGCCUUGAUCUGCGUGCAGAGCAGGAUCCAAACGGAGCAAAAUCCUCACCGGUCUCCUGAGACCCUGGAGAUCCUGCUGUUGUACAUAAUGUGGGGGCAAUUCUUUAGUUAGAAGCCAAAAAUAGCGAUCUACGAGGGGAGGGAGGGGGAAGAGAUCCAGUCAAAAUCAGGCUUCUUGGGACUUGGUUGGAAGGAAGAAUUCCAGAAGAGAGCGCACAUCUCAGCAGAACUGAGUGGCCUCAGGGAAGGGGCAGGGACAAUGGGCAAAAAAAAAAAAGUUGCAAGGGCAGCUUGGGGGAAAGGGAGGUUGAAAUCAGCCUUGUGAAAUAAAAUUUUCGGAAUCCCCUUAUCUCAGAUUGCCAGCCUCUCUCUAACCAUUUCCUGUUCCAUACAGCUAUGAUUGAAAGGGGCAGUUCAAGAGACAAUGGAAAACCAGGCAGGGUGUCCAAACAGAAGCUGCACCAAACUGUGACCAGGAGAUGGCUUUGCAUUGCUGAAAAGGCUGGUGGAAGGCUGCCAUGGCAGGUUGGUGCCACCGGCUGCAGCAUGGGCCACACGGGUAAUUCACACACACAGAGAGAGAGAGAGAGAGAGAGAGAGAGAGACACUUACUUUUUUAAGUAACCUCACGCUUGCACAUGCUCACUCAAAGGCUGGUCUCUGUUGCAAACUGCAAUAGAAGGGAGCUUUCUCUCUCUGCCACAUGGCUGCUCAAGUCAAAAGAUGUGUUCUGCUGAGGGAGAACCAAUAGCCAUUCUCCUCUCUCCCUCACAUACUGAUUGGAUGGGAGCAUCCUCCCUUCU